AUGCAAGCCAUCCCUGAAGAUGCAUCUCAAGAUGUAUUCUCGUACAUAACGCCUAUGGGUUACAUGUCCUCCUCAACAUGCGGAUACUGCCGUCGCAGUGGGAACGGUCAGUCACGGACGCGACGAUCCUAUUAUACAAGAUCGGUGUCUAUGAAUACAGCAUGUUAUCAGGCUUUGAUUGAUCGAAGUUGGCGACGAUCCGGGACCCUUUUAUACCGGCCAAACCAACGGGACGCUUGCUGUCCUCACUACAGUCUUCGCAUAGACUCUACUCGUUUCAAACCAACCAAGGAUCAACGACAAGCCAUCAAUCGCUUCAAUAAGUUCGUCGUUGGCGACGCCUACGCUAAAGAGGCUGCUCGUCGGCACCCUAAGUCGCGUGAGCAGGCACGAAAGCGGGACACUGAAUUUCACCUUAGUGAGAGGAUUCAUGAGAGCGAGAGCCAAUCACUCAAGCAGCCUCCUGAGCCUGCUCAUUCCUUCGAGGUCACUCUGGAACUGGAUGACUUUACCGAGGAAAAGUACAUCGUUUAUGAAAACUAUCAGCAGACUGUCCAUAGAGAACCUAAGGAUGAGAUAUCUCGCUCAGGAUUUUCAAAAUUCCUGUGCAACUCACCGCUCAGGCGGGAGACUGUCACUAUGCCCGACGGACAAGAGAAGCGCCUUGGUUCCUAUCAUCAGUGCUACCGACUUGACGGGCAGCUAGUGGCAAUAGGGGUUCUCGACCUUCUUCCACACGCGGUUAGCGCCGUCUAUUUUUUGUAUCACGAAUCCAUACACAAUUGGAGUCCUGGCAAAUUGGGCGCCUUGCGAGAAAUUGCUGUCGCUUUAGAAGGCGGCUAUCGCUGGUGGUACCCGGGGUUUUACAUACACACCUGUCCAAAAAUGCGAUACAAGAUGGAUUAUUCACCCCAACAGAUUUUGAACCCAGAUAUCAUGCAGUGGGUAGAAGUAUCCAGCGAAGUACUGGCCAAAUUUGACAACCAUGGGUAUCUCGAUUUUUCGGGUGCUAACAUGGAACAAGCAGCUAAUUCGGAGCAGAAGCAAGUGGAUGACACUGUGAACAUCGAAGAUCAACAAGAUGAUGAAGAUAGCGAUGAUGGUGACCACAAAAUGUACAUAUCACUCCUCAGCAGUAACAUGCCUGGUCUCCCACCCAUUGAUAGUGUAUUAUCAUAUGACUAUGAUAAUAUUCCGGUACGACUCAGGGGCGGCAUCUUACCUGCCGUUGAUGUAUUCCAAUGGCAGAACGAAGACGAAGAUAUCAGGGAUGGGCCCGGGCCAAGAGGCCAACUGGCGCAAAUGGCGGCUGCUGUUGGUCUUGACCUAAUGCCACAGCUCUGCUUAGACAUUAGGCGUACCUAG